AUGAAAUUCAGGAUAAGAAGACUCCUGCCCAAAAUGGUGCCAAAGCUGGUGAUCGAUCAGAAGAUGGAAAGCAUCAAGGAACUCAUGAAAUUCUUGGGGAAGGACUUUUUGCCUUCCUUUUUUACACCCCUGCUGCCCUACGUACUCAGUGAAGUGGCAGAAGACAACGUCGGCCGCAUCAUGGCCUCCUUCAAAUUCCUCGAGAAAGUGUAUGAGCACAAGUUGACCAUCAAUGACAUUUGCGAUGCUCAUUGGGGCACUGUGCUGGUACGAAUUCUCUGGAAUAGCGACAGGUGUGCUGAGCCUCAGCGGUGUGACGAGGCAAUAGCUCGCAUACAACGCCUUGCUGAGGCAUUGCCAGGGAAAAGCCAGGACUCCAAGAAAAGGGGAGUAGUAGAGAAAGUGGCUGUUGCCAAGAAGCGUCGCGGUGAGAAAAGCAUCAUCGAUGUGACUGGGAAUGAAUGUACCCCAAACAUUGCUGGACUCACAGAGAGUGGAUUUCUGCAUGCCCUCGACAUUCUACAAAUUGUCAUCUCUGACAGCAGAGAGAACCCAAAGUGGCAGGAGUAUCGUCAGCUUCUCGAGGAUCCAUUCUCAUCAGUUUCGGAUGUACCUUUGGAUGUUUCCCGUUUCUUCCGCAGCGCUGCGGUGCUCUUGGAAAUCGUUGGUGAUCAGCUGCACCGUUUCGCAGUGAAAAUGUUUGACUUGUUGCAAUGUGCCUGUGCCCAGCUGCGGAAUGUAGACAGCUUGCGCUGCUGGAAACAUUUUUUACGCAUCGGCGUGACGCGGUUGAAGCCGCUUUUACCAGCUGUGGUGAGUGAACUCUUGCAGCUCGCAGACAGCUUGCAAGACACGGAUAUGGCAGCAUUCCAGGAGGUGCAAAAACUCUUGUCAUCAGUUGUGCACGAGACCUGCAAAUAUCCAGAGGUGCUGCUGGCGCUUCCACCGCUGCCAGAACAUUUGCGAGGAAGCAAGCAUUCAGUGGAGAAGGCUUUAGCAAAGAUGAGCAUACAGCAGCGCAUCGAGUCAACGGUCAAGCAGUUGGAGAUGUCGAGUCAGGCAGUUCGACACGCAAUCCUUCAGGGACUGUUGCACUUCUUGAUGCAGCAGCGUCAGGCAUUCACGAAAGUCGCAGAUUUGCCAAGUGACGUCCUGGCAAAGCUGAUGAGAGUACUGCUGAAGUUUCUGUCCGAAUCCGCAUCUACAGGCCAGUUGCUUUGUGGGCAAGUUCUUGGUGCAUUGGGCGCUAUCGACCCCGUGCGAUUUGCUGGGGAGGUGUUGGUUGAGCGACACAGCCCUCCAAAAGAUCUGCGCUCUCUCAAAGGUGACCUCGAGUUGGCCAAGUCUGUACUCGAGGACUUCCUGGCUCCCAACUUGGCCAACAACUCUGCCGCAUUUGCAGCACAGGAGAUUUUCAAGUACUUCCAGGAUGAACAGAAGCAGGAUGUUUUCAACAAGCUCAGUGAGGAUGCAAAGGAAGUCUUGAACCCAUACAGAAGCAGCAAGUACCAGAGCGUGAGUGAAGGACACGGCAGCGACACACAUUUUCAAGGUGCUUUGGCUGACGCUAUUGCCCUACUACCACAAGAACGCAAGGCUUUCUUCGAGGCCUGUCUACCUGCUACACCUGACAGUCAUGGGUUAGCGCUCUUCCUCAUGCAUCACGUGAUCCAUGAACUCAUCGUGAGUUCCCCACACGACGUGCAUCGUACUGCAAAGCUUUCGAAGUUGGCCCAGAAGCUGGGGCAACUUGUGAACUUCGAAGGAAAGGAUGCACCAGACAGUCAAGAAACAGCAACUGCGCAGGCAGUAUUUUCACUGCUUGAUGAUUUGAUCCAAAAGAAGGACGAGAUAAAUGCAAUGCCGAGCAGAAGCACUGGUGAUGAGACAUGGAAGAAGCGACAGCUGGAGCGCCUUGGAGAGCUGUGCAAGCCCUUCUCCUAUCGUUUGGUUUUGAGCUGCGCUGUGCGAUGUGGGGCGCAUGCCAGAGCUCUUCAGUUCUUAGAGAUGGAAUUUGUGGAGGCUACCGAAGGGAAGGGCAUCGAUCCUGGAGGUUGCCGAGUUGAGGAGCAGGAUUGCGAGCUUUUGCAAACGAUAUACCGCGAAUUGGGCGAGCCAGAUGGUGUCGUGGGUGCCAUAAGGAUUGGUCCAAGCGGGAGGACCCGCACAGAGCUGGAGCUGCAGGGCAAGUGGUCAGACAUGCAGGCUUCCUACGAAGAAGUCGCAUCUACAGAUCGCCGGAGAUCAGCCCUUUGCGGCUUGGUGGAUUGCACGCAGGCCAUGCGCCGAUUCGAAAGUUCCUUGCAACUCAUCAGCGGUAUUCGGCAGGAGAUGCCAGAUCUCGCUGAGCAGCUGCGCCCACGUUCUGUGGAGGCAGCUUGGCAACUGAGCAGUUGGGAUCGAUUGACAGAAGCACUUCAGGCCCAGGAUCAGAUUGACACGAAGGACUUUCAGGUUCAGUUGGGUGACAUCUUGCUGCAACUUCACGAGCGCAAUGAAGUGAAACUCCAACAACGUCUCCAAGAAACAACUGUCGAGGUCGCCCAUGCUGCCUCACUAGCAGCACAAGAUUCGUACACGAGGGCCUACCAGCACCUCCUGCGCCUUCAUUUGCUCUCUGAUUUGCAUUGGUUGACACAGAAGCAACAGGAGCCUGGCAUUGCUCAAAACCUCCUCACACGAUGUGACAUGUCCAGGCCGUCUUUUGGUGCAAGACAAGCAUUGCUUGGGCCACUAAAAGUGGCACUACAGGACAUGAAUCUCCGAGACGAAGCAAAGGCAGUCGAAUUGGCAUUUUCUCGGCUUUGUCGGAAACAUGGCGAGCCCGUUGCAAUGGAACAUCCAGACACCAGCUUUCAAGGCACCUCAAAUGAACUCCGCGCGUCUGCGCAGCUCGAAUGGGGUAAGAUCCUGUACGCGAGUGGUGCCAAGCACGAUGCUCUGCGACACAUGCUGCAGCUCUCCAGCUCUUGUCCUCGCGCGCAGCUCUUGGGUGCACGUUGGGCUGCCGAUGCUUCGCUGCUGCUUCCUCGUGUUGCAGAAGCCGAAUUUCAACAGGCAAAGGAGAGGCUGAACAAUGAGGCUGCUUUCUUCCACCAUGCAUCUUAUUUGGACUACCUCCUCAAGAGUCAGAUUAGCGAAGCUGCUCGAAGCAUGUCACAAUCUGCUCCAGCCGUCAAAAAGCUUCGGACAGCAGCGCAUGCCCCUUUUGACAGAAAGAAUUUGGUGACGUUCACCUUCCGCGGCUAUUUACAAGCCUUGCAGAGGGGUACCAAGCGACUUCACUUCAUUUUGAAUCGUCUCUUGCAGCUGGCAUGGGAAUGCUGUGAGGUGGACGUUCAAAAGCAAGAUAUGGUUGCAGAGUUUCAGCAAGAGGCCGCGAAAAUACCACCUUGGAUGUGGUACUCUGUACUCUCUCAGCUGAUCAGUCGUGCUCUUCAUCCUGACUUGAAGAAGACAUUCACUGACAUCAUCAAGAAUGUGACCAAAGAAUAUCCUCAGCAAGCAGCCUGGCACCUGGUGCAGCUCCUGAAUUCCACAAAUCCGGAUGAUCGGAGUCAUAGAGAGCUGGGCCAAGAUAUUGUGAGCGACGUUGGGAGGCAGAAACAUGACCUUCACAUCUUGCUCACGACAAGACGGAAGAUUGCAGAGGACUUUGGAAAGCUGGCAAGCACGACGGGCGAAUCCAUCUCCAUACACUUUGCAAGGGACUUCCCUCGCCUCGUUGGCAAUGGAACACAGGCAGAAAAAUGGCAAGUUUUGGUGCCGCUGCAGAGCCAGAUGACGGCCACGAUUCCAAGGAACUUCUCGCAGUGGAAUGGGUGA